AUGUUGCGACAAGCACUCUUAUUGACCUGCCUGCUGUGUGUAUACGCCCAAGCAUUGGCCAGCAGCGAUGACAAGUUCAUCAAAAAGUACGCAAUGAUGAAGAUUUAUGAGAGCUGUUUUGGUCCUGAAGUCGUGAAGCAAAUAAGAGAGGAAAUGAAGGAGGCCUACGCGAAAUGCUCACUACCGCCAUCUUUCGAGGAAGCGCCGAACCCGCCGCAAAUGCCGUCCGUUCUGCUCGGCAAACUGCCGCCAGGCUUCUCGAUGGAUCCGGGCACGCAAACCAUAACUAAGCCGACAGAUGGCGACUAUUCACAACUCCGAAAACGACCUGCC